AUGAGUCGCUUGGAGACUCGCUCCCCCGUGGAUGAGGCUUUCGCUGCGGUUUGGCUCGCUGCCAGGUUUGUUGACAGCGAGCGUCUCUUUCUACAGGCUGUCUCCUUUCGGUUGUCUGGUGGCAAGCGCACCAUCGUCUGCUGA